AAGCAGCGCCCCAAACACCAUACCUAGAACUGCCCAAGUCCCUGGGAAAAAAAUAUAAAAGAGAAGUAGCAUUGUUGCUCAAAGAUGUUCCGAUUUCACAAAACGCUUGACAUCAUUACCCUAUUCCAUAAGGCGAGCUCGCCGGCCUCGGUGAGGCUGGCGGCAGCGCUGCGCCAAGCGUCGGCCGCCGCCUCGGAGACGUCGACCGAGGACCAGGCCAGCGACCACUCGGCGCAGUCGGCCGCGGUGCGGAGGCCCGAGUUCAAGCUCGAGAUCACCGAGAGCCUGCCGACGGCUGACCAACUGCGCACCAUUCUCGACUACGCCGGCAAGCAGCGCGUUGGCACCAUCGUCAAGGGCGCCAGCGACGAGCAGGACGCGCUGAGGAAGUUCAAGGAGAACGUCGAGAAUCUGCAGAGGCCGGUGGUUGUCGACUGGAAUAACGGCAAGGUCGCAGCCGGAGAGAACGAGUCGGAAAUCUUGAAGAUGCUCAACGACCUGCCGAAAUAAGGCAGCCAGUCAUGUACCACUGUUGUGAAUGACCAUUCUGCUUUCGUGGGUAUCUCGUCUCUCAUCCUCCUCCCUUUUAGGGCCUCUUUCUGUCCGCUGGAGAAGAGCUUGCUUCCUUUAAUCCGCUGCUUCUCUCUCUUAUCUCUUAUCCCUCCUCAUUGUACAUUAACCUUUUGGUCGGUGCUCGUGGUGCUGCAAGAACUGUAUGUUCUGUUGUUCUUGAUGCAGAAGUGGCAAAAGGACGCGCGUUAUUCUGCAAGAGGAGAGGUUGAGACUGUAAUAGCGCCCUUGGGGCGCCGGAAGACGAGGACUGCAUUGAGAAUCCAUUGGCCGAUCGGAGUCGAGUGUUUCCUACUCGGCAGCGCGCCUGCUCACCCGGAAUAGGAAUGCUUGAAGAGUGUGGAAUGGGG